UAUGUUUGUAGUUCCUCCGUUCAAGCCAAAAUUCCUUUCUAUACUCAAAGUACCGAGUUAUAUAGAGGAGCAUACGUCUCUCACUGUUGUUUGUAACGUUACUGGUUUGCCUCAUCCUGAUAUUGUUUGGCUAUACAAUAAUGAAAUUGUUAAUUAUACUAAAUCAAAUGUUAUAGUUUUGAAUAAUUCCCUAAAAUUUACUCAAAUUACAAGAGAAAAUACUGGAAAUUAUAGUUGUAACGCGUCUAAUUCCAUCGGAUCUACUCAGUCUAAAAUUGCAUACAUAAAUGUUGCAUUUUUUGAGGUUAUCUUUCAAGUUAUACCUAAAUCUCAGUACGCAGUUUUGGGCUCAAAAGUAAUGCUCCAUUGUCAGUCACCUCCAUCUAACCCUGAAGCAAAAAUAGAAUGGUACAAAGAUUUGAAAUUCUUAGUCUCAGGAAUAAAUAAAAUGUCUUUUCAACUAGAAAAUUUAACAUAUUAUGAAGAGGGGAAUUAUAGGUGUACAGCAACAAAUACUUUUCUUGGAAUAAGUAGAAGUACACCAUCAGUACAAGUAAUUAUAAAAGGAAAACCUGUGGUAACACAUCAUCCUCAAAACCAAAUAGCUAAACAAGGAAGACUAAUUAUCUUUAAAUGUAGACUUGAUUCCAAGCCACUUUCAGAUGUAUUCUGGUGCAAAACUAAAUCGGAGAUAUUGAAAAGUUGUGAUAAAAAAUUAAAGGAAAGCUCAUUAAUUGAUAUCAAAACUAUAACUACAAAUGUACAACUAUCAACUGGAAGGGAAUUGUCUCGAAUAAAUUCAACGUUAAUAUUCAAAAGGCUAUUAAAAGAUGACGAAGGAUAUUAUUUUUGUCAAGCUGAAAAUAGAUUUGGAACAACAACUUCAAAUUUAGCAAAUUUGUUUGUCAUAGUUUCGCCUGUUAUAACUGGAAAUCUAGGUCUGAUUAAACCAAGAAUAGAUAAAGAUAUUGUUCUUUAUUGCUAUGCUCAGGGUUCACCAGUGCCAGCUAUUUAUUGGUACAAAGACAAUGUUCUCUUGGAAAAGAAUGAUAGAAUUGAAAUGAAAGAUAAACAAUUAAUAAUAAAAAACUUAAAAAGUUCAGAUUCUGGAAAUUAUUCUUGUAUGGCUUCAAAUUUAGGUGGUAAUACAACAACUUCCGGUUAUUUGGACCUAUUGUCAACUCAAGAUAAUAAAAUUCAAAUUAGCGGAAGUAGGGGUGAAAGUUUAUCAAUUUUAGUAUUAACUAUAGACUAUACUGGAAUUUUUAAGUGUAAAGCCGAAAGUAUCUCAGGUAUUACUGAAGAGAGUAUCAAUGUGUUAGUUAGAGGACCUCCAAACGAUCCUAAAUUAUUGGAAGUUGUACCAAUCUCAUCGUCGUCUAUACAAUUAAUAUUCAAUGGUAAAGACCAAAGAGAAUCUGUUGGAAAUACUCGACAUAUUGUAUAUUUUAAAGAAUUAUUUGAAGCUAAUUUUAAAAUAUACUAUACCGAAUACGAUUUAAAUACAACUUUGGCUGAAAUUGAAAAUUUAAAACCAGCAAAGAAAUAUUUAUUUAAGAUGAGAUCUGUAAAUGAUGUUGGAUUUAGUGAAUUUUCAGAUAUUCUAUCGGCAACUACCUUUUCAGCAGGCCCAUCAAAACCAACAGAACUUCAAAUUGUGUGCAAAACUAGUUCCUGUUCACUAAACUGGAAACUACCGGCUGAAAUGAAUGGGAAGAUAACUGAUUUUGAAAUACAAUACCGUCGGCAACAAUUAGACAUUCUUCCAAACUUCCAAUCAGUUUAUGAAAUCAUUAGAAUACCCUAUGAGGGUAGUAAAAUAACAGAAUUAAAUAUUAAUGAUUUAUUACCCUAUUCCGCCUAUGAAUUUCGAGUUAGGGCAGCAACAACUUUUAACGAUACAAAAUUAUGGGGAGAUUUCUCCAAGAUAGAAGUAGAUACAUCCGAAGGAGUGCCAACAAGCCCUCCGGAAAAUAUUUACAGACAAUUCGUUACUAAAAAUUCUGUAGGAUUAAGCUGGCAAAAAAUAUUAAAGGAGAAAAGAAAUGGUAAAAUUGUUGGUUACGCAAUAAGGGUGGAGUUAAAAAAUCAAACUAUACAAGAGAAAGAAGUAACACAAGACAUAUUUUCAACAAUUGUGACUCAUUUAAAAUCGUUUAGAUAUUAUACAAUAAAAAUUGGCGGAAAGACUAGCGUUGGUAUUGGACCAUAUGCUUCACUAUUAAUUCAAACUUUAGAAUCGAUACCGACUUCUCCACCUGAUAAAUUUAGACAAUUAAAUAUUACAAAAACUAAUUGUACACUUGGUUGGGAGACAGUACCGGAAGAGGAGAGAAAUUCGGUGAUAAUUAGAUAUCAAAUAUCGUAUAUUCUUAUUAAAUCUUCCAAUCUAUUUGAUUUUGAACCAACAUGGACUCACGAAAGAGUUUCAUCUAAAGAAUUUAAUAUAACAUUGCGAAAUUUGCUUAUUUCUAGUAUCUAUAAUUUUUGUAUUGAGGCAAUCUCUUCUAAAGGAAUAGGACCAAGGGAUUGUAUAACUUUACAAACUUUAGAAGACGAACCCGAGGCUGUUCAUAAUUUAACUAUUCGUAAACUAGGCGAUACAAAUAAUGUUGAAAUUGGUUGGAAUAGUCCUAAGAAUUUGAAUUCGUUCAACUUUUAUUAUGUAGUUAAUGUCAGCUCUUCCAAUUUAAAAGAUGAUUGUGAUUUAAUACGACAAACUGGAAAUACAUACUUAAAAUUAUUAAAUUUAUGCUGGAAUACUAUUUUUAACGUAUCUGUUUUAUGCAAAAAUCCUAUUGGAAGUUCUUCGGCCGUUGUGGUCUCUUUAUCCCUCUUUGAAGUACUUGAUAAGAGUAAUAUAAAGAUCACAUCGAGGGUGCCAACAUUGUCAACUACUAAUAUAUUAGAGAAUGCUGAAGGCAUAGAUAAUUCCGAAAGACAAUACCCUAACAGAUCUAAAUUGUGUGUUGUUAGUUCGAAAGACAAAUUUGCAGUAGGCCUUGAUAAUCCGUUAUAUAAAUCUGAUUGGAUGAAUAGCAGUACGUUUACAUUAUCUGGGUCGGCAGAAAUGGAGGAGAGAGAUAACGGUCUAGUCAAUCCAAUUUAUUCAGCUGUUUCCUAUCCUAGCCCAAAUGAAAUUGAGGAAAAGAAUAGAUAUCCUACUCUUCCCUACAGUACAGUAAAAGAUUUAUAUCUCAAUCAGAAAGUUACAAACAGUCGAGCUAAGAAGAGAAUGAAAAAUGAAAGUGCGGCGGCUAUUGCAGCGUCCAUAAGUAAGUCGAGCAUUCAUUUAGGAGAUCUAGAAGAUGACGAUCAUUUGGACUCCGUGGUUGUCUUCCAGAUGAGAACUGCAUUAUAA